GCUGAUUCGCAUCGCUGUGCCCAUGGGGCAGCGGAUCCGGGUCCCCCCGCCAACGCCGAGACUCGCGGCAGCGCGGUCGUGGUGACAGCUGUGCCGUCCUCCUUGCAGACCUGGACAACUUCCCCACAGCUGGGAUGGGCAGCCCACAGCUCCCUACCUCAGCAUCAGGGCGAUGAGGAGCCAUCUGCUGGCCUAGCAGAAGGGCUUUUGUGCUUUUUUUUUUUUUUUUUUAAAUUUUUGUUUUCUGAACCCUGUGAGAUUCCAUGUGAAAACACUUCCUACAGCCUCGCAGCUGUGAGCCCUCUGGGCUGGAGGCAACAGCUCUCCCUCUGUGGCCAGGCCAGCAGGAGAAUUGUACCCCAGGCUGCCCUGCAAGUGUGGGGCCCAGCCCCACAGCAUUCCCAGCCAGUGUGGCUCAGGCUUCUCCCCUCAGCUCUCCCAGCAGCGGAUCGGAGGCCUGUGGCCCACCCACCACCAUGGCAGCCAAGCAGCCCCCGCCGCUGAUGAAGAAGCAUAGCCAGACUGACCUGGUGAGCAGGUUGAAGACACGCAAGAUCCUGGGGGUCGGUGGCGAGGAUGAUGAUGGCGAGGUCCAUCGCUCCAAGAUUAGUCAAGUCCUGGGAAAUGAAAUCAAGUUUGCUGUCCGGGAACCCUUGGGGCUCAGGGUCUGGCAGCUGGUUUCCGCCGUCAUGUUUUCCGGGGUGGCCAUCAUGGCCCUGGCUUUCCCUGAUCAGCUCUACGAUGCCAUCUUCAACGAGGAGUCAGUGAGCAGCAAGACUCCCAUCCGGCUCUAUGGAGGAGCCCUACUCAGCAUCUCGCUCAUCAUGUGGAACGCUCUAUACACGGCUGAGAAAGUCAUCAUCCGCUGGACCCUGCUGACAGAGGCGUGUUACUUUGCCGUGCAGUUCCUGGUUACCACCGUCUCCCUGGUUGAGAGCAGCCGAAUGGCCACGGGUGCUGUACUCCUCCUGGUCAGCCGAGUCUUCUUUGUUCUCAUCAGCAUUUAUUAUUAUUACCAAGUUGGACGCCGUCCCAAGAAAGUCUAA